AUCUCAUCAUCACCACAAACAAGUUCAAUAAUUUCCUACAGUUUCAUCAUCAACAGCUAAUUCAACACAAAACAAAGCCACAACUACUUCUUAAGAUCAUUUCCUUUUAGUUUUUCCUUCAGAAAAGAAAAACAAACAUGGCUGAGAAGACACACCAGGCUUAUCCUUUGGCUCCGGCAAAUGGUUACGCAAGAAGCGAUGGAGAGUCUUUGUCCGAGGACGAGCUCAAGCGCAAGAAGAGAAUCAAGUGCUUUGCUUAUAUUGGUAUUUUCAUUGUGUUCCAGAUCGCAGUCAUGACUGUGUUUGGUCUCACCGUGAUGAAAGUUAAGACCCCCAAGGUUAGACUCGGCACAAGCACCCUCACGGGCUUCACCUCAUCCAGUGCAGCACCUUCGUUCAGCACAACCUUCAACACCCAAAUUAGGGUCAAGAACACCAACUGGGGUCCCUACAAGUUCGACGAAGGCGUCGUGACAUUCAUGUACCAAGGUACAUCUGUCGGGACAUUCACUGUACCCAAGGGCAAGGCCGGGAUGAGAGGAACAAAGAAGGUGAACGCCGCUGUGAUCUUGAACACCGAUGCAUUGACGACCAGCUCCACCCUCGGCAGUGAAUUGAGCGGUGGGGUGUUGACACUGACCAGCCAGGCCAAAUUGACCGGAAAGGUUGAGUUGAUGCUGAUCAUGAAGAAGAAGAAGUCAGCGAGUAUGAGCUGCACCAUACAAAUUAAUGUGUCAGAACAAACGGUCAAAAGCUUAGAAUGCAAGUGAUAAACUACAACUAGUUGAGAUCAGUUGAGAUUUGAGAGUAGCUCUUCAGUUUGCUUUGAUUUUUUCAUUCUUUUUUUUGUAUGACGCCUUUGCAUUGUUGUAGAGCUAUAUAUGGAUGGUAUUUAUAUAUUUUCAGUA